AUGAAGAAGAAAACAAGGUAGAAUCCAAAAACAAGUGGAGUUAAUUAAGAUAAUGUGCUUUCUCAUAAGCUAAACUACUUUCACACUUUUCCCCACCAACGAAAGUUAAACCUCUCCCUUUUUCCUCACACAACUCUCCAAGAACUAAUUUCUCUGUUCCAAAAUCAAAAUUCUUUGCAAUCUCCAUUGAAGAAUUUGUAUUCACAACAACGAGUUCCAUAUCCUUAUUCCUCUCUCUAUAUACUCUCACCAAUACUAAAUCAGUUUGACCAAAGAAAUUCGAGUUUGGAAUUGUUGCGAUGGCAGAAGCUGUUGUGUCGACUGCUCUGGAAACCUUGCGCGAUUUGUUGGUGGACGAAGCAAGGUUUCUAUAUGGUGUGGGUGACGAAGUGAGGGAGCUGGUGAAGCAGCUCAAAGAGAUGAAGUGUCUCCUCAAAGAUGCCGACAGAAGACGACAUGAAAGCGAAACCUUAUUCAACUUGAUCUCGGAGAUCAGAGAUCUUGUGUACGAAGCGGAAGCUGCCAUUGAAAGACACGCAGCUUAUCAAGUGUUGGCAAGGAGAAGACGAGGCCGAGGCCUGAGACAGCUCAUCUGCAGAUAUUCUUGUAUUUUGGAAGAAUUCAACUCGCUCCACCAACUAGGCUCCCAGAUUUCAAAAAUCAAAUCCGAUUUUGGAAGAGUCACCGAAGCCAUGCGAGCCUACGGAAUAAAUAAGAUCAUCGAUAGCGGGGAAAGCUCGGCUGCUGGCGACAACAACAGGUCAAGGAAGACCUUCCCUGAAUUCGUGAUCGGAGAGUGUUUUGUGGGGAUGAAGGACGAGCUCAAGCAGCUUCUUCAUCUCCUAGUGGAAGACGAAAAGCAUCGAGUAAUUUCAGUGUGGGGAAUGGGGGGAUCAGGCAAGACCACCAUUGCCAAAAAGCUCUACAACGAGAACAGCACCAGCUUUGAUCUUUGCGCGUGGGUUUGCAUUAGUCAGCAAUGUCAGAGUUUUCAAUCAGUUUGGAAGGAUGUUCUCAUGCAGCUACAACAUCAAAACACGAAGGAUGGGCCAAAAAUAAGGGAGGAUGUUACAAGUUUGAACGAGUGGGAGUUGAAGGAGCGACUAUGCAAGAUACAAAAAGAGAAGCGAUGCCUCAUUGUUUUUGACGAUCUUUGGGAAACUUCUCAUUGGGAUGGCUUCAAGCAUCCCUUCCUUGUCCAAGAUUUGCAGAGCAAAAUCUUGAUCACAACGCGCGAACGGGAAGUCGCGGAGAUUGGAUGCCCUGUCAAACUUGGGCUUCUAAAAGAGGAAGAUGCUUUGGAACUACUCAAGAAGAAAGCAUUUCCCCACACCAACAUUCCAGAGUUUGCAUUGGAAGAAAAUGUUGAGAAAAUUGGGAAAGAUGCAGAGUUUGCAUUGGAAGAAAAUGUUGAGAAAAUUGGGAAAGAAAUGGUGAAGAAAUGUGGGUAUUUGCCGUUGGCAAUUUGUUUACUCGGUGGGGUCUUGAGAAAGACAAAUUCGAUGAUGGAGUGGAAGUUAGUCAAAGAAUUCAUAUAUAGAGAUGAAAAGGAGAUUGAUGGAGUGCUAAAUUUAAGCUAUGAAAGUCUACCCUAUUAUUUGAAGUCAUGCUUUCUCUAUAUGGGUAUAUUUCAAGAAGAUGAAGAUAUAUAUGCUAACGAUCUGUAUCACAUGUGGAUAGCACAAGGCAUGAUUUCAUAUGAGAAUAUUGGAGACAAGCACAAAACUUUGAUGGAAAUUGCAGAGCUCUACUUGGGUGAGUUGGCCUCCAGGUCCAUCGUCCAAGUUGAAAUUCUCGAUGGUGUCGCACCUGGAAGAAGAUAUUGGAGCUGCAAACUUCAUGAUGUAGUAAGAGAACUGUGUUUGAAAUUGGGGAGAAGUGAGGAUUUUGGUGUGCAGAGUUUGGAGUAUCAAAGUGGGAAAGCUUCCUCACAUAGGAAAAUACAGCAUUUGGCUGUACAUUUCAGGAAAGAAGUUCAAGUGGAACCUGACGAGCUUACACUCACUUGGGGAGAAGAUAGUAGCGAACAUUUAAGGUCUCUUCAAAUGUUCAAUCACAUAGAUUCGGGUGUUGUUGAGUUUCCCCCGCAAGGUAUUGUUGAUUUUCAGAAAUUCAAAUUGCUGAGAGAUCUAGUUAUGGUGGGAUUCAAAUUUGAAGGAAGAAAGUUAUCGAAAGGAAUCGCUAGUCUUGUUCACCUUAGACGUUUGUGUUUAAAAAGAUGUGAUUUUGAUAAGCUACCAUCAUCCAUAAGGAAUUUGGUAUACAUGGAUACCCUUGAAUUAACUGAUUCGAGGAAUGUUGGAGUUCCAAAUGUUUUUAAGGAGAUGGUACGUUUAAAGCACUUGUUUCUUCCCAAUUAUGAUGAGGAAAAAAUUGGAAGUUAUCGAUUGACAUUGGACGAGGGAGUGAUUGAGUUGGAGACCCUGUGGGAUUGGGAUAGUAGAGUGCAUGACUUAAAAUGUAUGAACAGAAUGAAGAAUCUGCGAAGUUUCAGAACAAAAAUAUACGACAAUGAAAGCUUGUCAGCCAUCAUCGACGUCAUUGCUCUCAUGGAAAAGUUACAGCAUUGUUGGGUUGGAAUCAAAAAGGGUUGCGAGUUAGGAACAAAUAAGGGAGUGUUAACGCUGAAGAAGGUAAUCACAUGUCCCAAUGUUCAUGAAUUGUGGAUUGAUGUUGUUAAGUUAGGGAAGGCGCUGGCAGAGUGCGGGAGUGACUUCAUCAGUUCAAAACUUAUAACUUUGGGGCUGUAUGAAUGUGAGAUUGAGGAUGAUCCAAUGGGGAUACUGGGGAAGCUUCCUUGCUUGAUAUAUUUGUAUUUAAUGAGUAAAUCAUUUGUGGGGGAGGAGAUGACGUGUCCAUCAAACAGUUUUCCUCGCCUCAAGAAGCUUGGGCUAUAUCAAUUACCAAAGUUGAGAGAGUGGAGAGUGGAGGCAGGAGCCAUGCCCCUUCUCUCUGAAUUGGAGAUCUAUGAUUGUUCCAGUCUGAAGAUGCUUCCAGAUGGUUUGAGUGGCAUUUCUACUCUUCGGAAACUGGAGAUUGCUGGAAUGGCGGAAAUGGGGAAGAGGGUAUCGGCAUCAGGAGAGGAUUUCCACAAAGUCACCCAUGUCCCUUCAAUUAUCAUCCGAGACUAUUGAUGAUGACUAACUAAUCUAGUCUCCACCCGGGGUACUUUUCUCCCCCGGCCCCCUUCGAGCUACAGUCUUGUCGUUCCACGUCCCAAGUAUUUCUCUCUAAUUAUUUGCAUUCUUUUCUCUGCAACCUUGUUUCUCUUUAAUGUGUAUAUUUCUUUUUAAAUAAAUGUGUAUAAUUCUCUUGUAUUAUUAAUCUGGUUGAUUCUAGACAAUUUAUUUUAGACUUGCUUAGUUCCAUAUGGAGUUAUUUUGGUAAGAUUCAGUCCAUGAGCCUUUGUAUAUAAUUUCUGGAGAUUUAAGCUUUAUUUCAGUUGUUGAAUUGUGAUUUUUGUU